AUGAGUACUACGAUCGAAUCUCAUACCGAGACGCCCGCGCCCAACCAGCCGAGUCCGGCACCCAGCGCAACGGGUUCGACUGGAACAUCCGGAAUCACGGUGCGCAAUGGACCUGGGGGUCACCCGCUCAGCUUUAGAAGACAACGUGCAUCUCGCGCGUGCGAGACCUGUCACUCUCGCAAGGUCCGCUGUGACGCUGCUAGUCUAGGAGUUCCUUGCACCAACUGUGUCGCCUUCUCCAUCGAAUGCAAAAUCCCAACUCCCAAACGGAAAAAGACCUCCAAGGCCAAGGAUGAGAGUCGGUAUGGCGACAGCCCACCACCUCACAACACUGCCUCGUCGCUGGUCGAUGCGGCAGUGGCUCAGUUUCGUCCCGAUAACCCCGACGACCCUCUCAACCAGGACUCUUCAGACCUAAAAACACGGGAUUCGAGCUCGGAAGAUCGGGAAGAUGCAUCCUUUGGAUAUCGCAAAGACCGGAUGGCCAACCAGGGCAUGCCCAUCACCUCACUGACGGAGUCGGAGGCUGCUCAGCAGGCCUCCACCGAAAAUGCCUAUGCUCAAUUCAUGAAGCCAAAGUUCGCUCGUGCUCCGAUUAAAGAGGCUGGCCGCGUGGCAUAUCUGGGCGAAUCAUCCAAUCUGUCCCUCUUGGUCCAAGAUCGCCAUGGCACCACCGACGUCGUGCACUACCCUCUGCCUCCGAACAUCCGUGGCUCACGAGCACAGUUGACCGACCUGGACAAUCUCGAAAUUGAUAUACUCCACCAGCGCGGUGCCUUCUUGCUGCCUCCGAAGCCUCUGUGCGAUGAACUGGUCGACGCCUACUUCAAAUGGGUUGCCCCCAUCGUUCCCAUCAUCAACCGCAGUCGCUUCAUGCGUCAUUACCGCGAUCCCAAGAACCCGCCGUCGCUCCUUCUGCUGCAGGCCAUUCUACUAGCUGGUUCUCGGGUGUGCACGAACCCGCAACUCAUGGAUGCGAACGGUUCGACGACCCCGGCGGCAAUGACCUUCUACAAGCGGGCCAAGGCGCUCUAUGAUGCCAACUACGAAGACGAUCGGGUGACCAUCGUUCAAGCGUUGGUUCUUCUCGGUUGGUAUUGGGAGGGGCCUGAAGAUGUCACGAAGAACGUCUUCUACUGGACUCGGGUCGCGAUGGUCGUUGCCCAGGGUUCGGGUAUGCAUCGCAGUGUCGAGACCUCACAACUCAACAAACCUGAUAAGCGACUAUGGAAACGAAUCUGGUGGACGCUCUUCACUCGUGACCGCUCAGUUGCCGUAGCGCUGGGACGCCCGAUUGGCAUCAAUACCGAUGAUUCCGACGUCGAGAUGUUGACCGAGGACGACUUCAUCGAGGAUGAGCUGGAUAGUCCGGCGGAAUACCCACCUGAGCCAGUGCACGUCCAGUUCUUCCUGCAAUACGUCAAACUCUGCGAGAUUAUGGGUCUCGUGUUGUCUCAACAAUACUCCGUCGCUUCAAAGUCACGGCGCAUGAAUGCCAUGGACCUCACACACUCUGACAUGGCCUUGGCUGACUGGCUGCAGAACUGCCCGAAGGAAGUCUGCUGGCAGCGAUCCCGCCACCACUUUUGGGCGGCUCUCCUCCAUUCCAACUACUAUACCACACUCUGUCUGUUACAUCGAGCCCACAUGCCGCCUGCCUCCUCGGCACCCAAUAGUUACCGAGUAGAAGAGAUGGCUUAUCCAUCACGCACAAUUGCCUUCCAGGCCGCCGGCAUGAUGACAUCCAUUAUCGAGGGCCUUCAGGCCCACAAUGAGAUUCGCUACACCCCUGCAUUCAUUGUAUACAGCUUGUUCUCCGCUUUGAUCAUGCACGUCUACCAGAUGCGUUCGUCCGUCCCCUCCAUUGUCGCGACCUGUCAAGAACGCAUCAACGUGUGUAUGUCCGCCCUUAAGGAUGUCUCCAAGGUUUGGCUUGUGGCCAAGAUGGUCAACACUUUAUUCGAAUCCAUUCUGGGCAACAAGGUGCUCGAAGAACGACUUCAGAAAGCUGCUGGAAAGCGACACCAACGUCGACCCCAUGACACCGCUGCCCCUGCAAAGGCUCCAAAGCCAGAGCCUCCUAAGCGGAAGUUCGAUGACAUGGAUUUGGGUCUGCCUAACGGUGGCCCCACGCCCCCGGUCUCGUACGAACGGUCACGCCCACAGACUCCUGCCGUGACGCCGUCGCGUGAGUUGCAUCAGCCGUCUCUCGGUCACGUAUCACCCAACCAUCGUCAAGAUCCCAUUGUAGGACCUGCCAACUCACGAGGAAAUACUCGACCCACCACCCCCUUCAACGCGCAGUUCUCUUUGCCUGCCACGCCGCCCGACUUCUUCCUGGUGACCCGUAACUCUCCCAACCUUUCACCAUCGCUGUGGGAGAAUUUCCAACCGGACCAGCUGUUCCCCGACGGCACGGCCAUCUUCCCCGAGCUGACCUCACCACCUCCUCCUGGGACGGUUGAUCCCCAAUUGCACAUCCCAUCUCAAAUGCACCCUGCUAAUAUGGGUCAGCGGCCCAUGAUGGGAACUCCACAGCAGCCGGUACCUGGGCGCAGCAUGUCUGUUUCCCAAGGCAGCCCACAGAUGAUGUCGGGCGUACCAGGGGCCAUGCCAAUGGGACCUGGGGGACCUCAGCAGAUGUUUGGCAUGGAAGGUCAGCCGUGGCCCAUGCAGGGACUGGAUGGGACUAUGAGCGGAGCGGCGCUGGACGCUGCCAGCCAGGACGACAACUGGAGUAGCAGCUCGCGCAGCGGGCCGACUGCGCCAACGACCUUGAACGUGGAAGACUGGUUCCAAUUCUUUGGCAUUAACGGGGGCUUUGGCGAUCUGGCGGCAUAA